CUUAAGGGGAACAGCUCUACGGUCAGUAUAGUGGCGUUCUCGCCGGAUAGUAAGAGACUGGCGUCGGCUUUAGACGAUAAGACUAUCCUGCUCUGGGAUACGACGACCGGCACCCCCGGGAAAAAGCUCACGGGGUACAGGGAUUCCGUCAUAGCAUUAGCGUACUCGCCUGACGGCAGCACGCUGGCGUCGGCUUCAUGUGAAGACACAGUGAGUUAG